CCAAUGAAAAUCUAUAGUCGUUUUAUGGGUGCAUACCUCUCCCCUCAUCUUCUAACACUUAUGUUUGAUACAAAUUAGCUGCACAUUUUCUUAUUUCUAUCACAGGCGCUUGUUUGGUUUAUACAAAUAUGCGUUUAGCAGUAAUAACUUCUAAAUUUCAAUUCAUAAACAUUUAAAAUGUUAUUUUAUUUGUAAUGUAAUAAAACAGUAGGAUAUGAAGAUGAAGAUGAAGUCAGAUCACUAACAUUAUACAUUAUACAUUAUUUUCCAAAAAAAAAAAAGGGUAACGUGCACGAAUCGCUAUGUAUUGUUGUAUGGGCGUUUAGGAAUAUUUCAAUUUAUUUAGUUAUUUGGGAAAAUUAAACAAACACGUCUUGCUUCGAACAUUUAUGUUUAGUGAAUGCCAAUUGAAUAUAAUAAUUUUAACAGUAAAAUGUUAUUUUUUGUUUCUAAAACAAAAUUUACAACCAAUCAAAUCAAUCAUUUGUUUUAAGAGUGAGUGAUUUACAUCUCAGCAAUGCUUUUACAUAACAACGAUCUUGUGCAUUACUUCAGUUACACCACUGUACAAUAUUGAAUUUUGGCGCGUUACUUAAUUUAAUUGAAUUCCGCCGAGGGGAGCCACCAGGACACAUAACAAUAUCGACAUAAUCCCUGGUGCAAGGUGGCGCCACCCUCGCGUUACAGUCAAGUGAACACAAGGGGCACAAGGGGUCGAGGGGGAGGUAUACGAAGCAAGGAAUAAGACAGUUGCUCGUGUGCGAGGCUCCGCGUGAUAUCGUCGAUGUUGGUGCGCCGUGUGUUUCGUGGUUAACGCGUAACGUUGUCAAUCGCUUUCCAUCCGAUACACAAAUGCAGCUCGUGAUGACGAUUCACCUAAGCACACUGCCGAAUAAAUAUUCGCAGCCAGAGGCUGAGUAACGGUUGCUGGAGCUGGCGCGAGGUCCUCACCCGCGUUAGGUGCGUGUGCUGGGGCCACCUAUCCGCGCGUCCAAGCUGUGUUAGACACUCGAGUCAUGGUAUCGAGGUUCGACACGAACUUCGGUUACGAGGAUUUUUUCGGGACUUAUCACUGCACCCAAGACAUGGCUUGCGAUCGUGGUGAUUCGGACUUCGAGUUCAUUAUACCGCCAGAGGCGCCGGUCUUCGAACCGAGUAUCGAGGAGUUUCACGACCCCCUUGGCUACAUUGCAAAAAUACGACCGAUCGCGGAGAAGUCUGGUAUUUGUAAGAUCAAACCGCCGCCUAAUUGGCAGCCACCAUUUGCUGUUGAUGUUGAUAAAUUCAAAUUUGUUCCACGAAUCCAAAGAUUAAAUGAAUUGGAGGCAAAAACAAGGAUAAAACUUAAUUUUUUAGACCAGAUUGCAAAAUUCUGGGAGCUUCAAGGUUCUUCUUUAAAAAUCCCACUUGUAGAACGCAAAGCUCUUGAUCUAUAUUCUUUGCACAAAAUUGUCACAGAUGAAGGUGGAAUUGAAACAGUAACAAGGGAAAGAAGGUGGGCAAAAAUUGCAAAUAAACUAGGUUAUCCAUCUGGUCGUAGCGUAGGAAGUAUACUAAAGAAUCACUAUGAACGAAUUUUAUAUCCAUUUGAUGUCUUUAAGCAGGGAAAAACUUUGACAGACAUUAAAAUUGAACCAGAUUCCAAUGUGAAUGAGAAAAAGGACAGAGAUUACAAACCACAUGGAAUCAUCUCACGACAGCAAAUUAAACCUCCAGCUGAAAAAUUUUCACGGCGGUCAAAGAGAUUCAGUGGUCAAGAAGAGAAACCGGAAAUAUCUGUUAAACAAGAAGAUUGCAAGGAGGAAUGUGAUUCUGAUAAUGAUUGCAAAGAUGGAUUCAGAAGUAAGAAUGGUGAUGACAAUAGCAAAGAACUUAAGAAGUUACAAUUCUAUGGACCUGGUCCAAAGAUGGCUGGAUUUAAUACCAAAGAGGGAAAGAAAUCUAAUAAGACCAGAGGUUUGAAACUAACUUAUGAAUUUGAUCCGUUGGCAAAAUAUAUUUGUCACAAUUGUGGAAGAGGUGAUAACGAAGAAAACAUGCUUCUAUGUGAUGGAUGUGAUGACAGUUAUCACACUUUCUGUCUCAUGCCACCACUGACAGAAAUACCAAAAGGAGAUUGGCGGUGUCCAAAAUGUGUGGCUGAAGAAGUUUCUAAGCCAAUGGAAGCAUUUGGAUUCGAGCAAGCUCAAAGAGAGUAUACUCUUCAACAAUUUGGAGAAAUGGCUGAUCAAUUUAAGAGCGAUUACUUCAACAUGCCUGUACAUAUGGUGCCAACAUCCUUGGUAGAAAAAGAAUUUUGGCGAAUAGUUUCCUCUAUCGAUGAAGAUGUAACAGUUGAGUAUGGAGCAGAUUUACACACAAUGGAUCAUGGAUCUGGAUUUCCAACAAAGACGAGCGUUAAUCUGUUUACGUGUGAUCAAGAAUACGCGGAAUCUUCGUGGAAUUUAAAUAAUCUACCAGUUCUACGGAGUAGCGUACUAGGUCACAUUAACGCUGACAUUAGUGGUAUGAAAGUUCCAUGGAUGUAUGUUGGCAUGUGUUUUGCCACAUUCUGUUGGCAUAACGAGGAUCAUUGGAGCUAUUCGAUUAAUUACCUACAUUGGGGAGAGCCAAAAACUUGGUAUGGUGUACCUGGCUCUCAAGCAGAACGUUUUGAACACUCAAUGAAAUCGGCUGCACCAGAACUGUUUCAUAGUCAGCCAGAUUUGCUCCAUCAAUUGGUCACUAUCAUGAAUCCCAACAUUUUAACAAACGAAGGUGUUCCAGUAUUUAGAACUGACCAACACGCAGGAGAAUUUGUUGUGACAUUUCCAAGAGCGUAUCACGCGGGAUUCAAUCAGGGAUACAAUUUCGCCGAAGCUGUGAAUUUCGCACCUGCCGAUUGGCUUAGAGUUGGUCGGGAAUGCAUUUCGCAUUACUCGAAUUUAAGACGAUUUUGUGUAUUUUCUCACGAUGAAUUGGUGUGUAAAAUGUCAUUGGAUCCAGAUUCACUGGACAUAGGAAUUGCGACUGCAACUUACCAUGACAUGCUGCAGAUGGUAGACGACGAGAAGAAGUUACGAAAAAAUCUGUUGGAAUGGGGCGUAACGGAAGCGGAACGCGAAGCAUUUGAACUAUUACCAGAUGAUGAGAGACAGUGUGAGGCGUGCAAAACAACUUGUUUCUUAAGUGCGGUUACAUGUUCAUGCCAGAGUUCUCAGUUAGUUUGCCUGAGACAUUUUACUGACCUUUGUGAUUGCCCACCGGAUAAGCACACAUUACGUUACCGGUAUACUUUAGACGAGUUACCGAUUAUGUUACAAAAGUUAAAAUUAAAAGCCGAGUCAUUCGACUCAUGGGUGGCCAAAGUAAAAGAAGCAAUGGACCCCGAUAAGAAGAGUAAUAAAAUUGAGUUGAACGAGCUGAAGGAGCUCUUGAAUGAAGCAGAAAAUAAAAAGUUUCCUGAAAGUGAACUGUUAACAGCCUUAACUACUGCUGUGCAAGAUGCAGAAAAAUGUGCUAGUGUUGCACAACAACUGUUAAAUAAUAAGCAGCGUACCAGAACCAGACAAUCGGUUGAAACUAAAUAUAAACUUACGGUAGAAGAAUUAACCCUUUUCUAUAAAGAAAUUACUAAUCUGUGCUGUGAACUUAAAGAAUCUGAUGGUGUUAAAUUUAUACUCGAUCAAGUGUUACAAUUUCAAAGAGAAGCAGAGGAGUUAGAUGCUAAGGAAGAUAAUUGUGAUAUUGAACAACUAGAAAAGUGUAUUGACUUUGGAGAUUCUAUAUGUAUUGAGUUACCUCAACUUAUUCGUUUGAAACAAAGAUUAACGCAAAUUCAAUGGCUGGAGGAAGUAAAAUCUAUUCAAGAAGAUCCAAAAUCUAUACAUCGCGAUGAUUUAGCAAAAUUGAUUGAAAAAGGUAUGGCGAUACCGCCUCAUUUAAGUAUAGAAAAUACACUUUCCGAACUACAAGCAUUAAUGAUCGGAAUCGACAAGUGGGAAGAGAAAGCAAAGUUGUAUCUUCACACGAAAAGCAGACAAACUAUAUCGUCGUUAGAAGAAUUUAUUCGCGAAGCUGAUGAGGUAGAUGCAUACUUACCCAGCUUAGAUAUUCUCCAAGAUACAUUGAAUAAAGCAAAAAAUUGGACGAAAAUGGUAGAGGAAGUACAAGCGAGAGAGAAUUUUCCUUACUAUGAUACAUUAGAUGAUCUUAUAAAAAAAGGCAGAAGUAUCCCAUUGCACUUGGAUGCUCUUCCAAUUUUAGAGUCCACUCUUUCACAAGCGAAAGCUUGGAAGGAAAGGACGGCAAGAACAUUCCUAAGGAAAAACUCACAUUAUACUUUAAUGGAGGCUUUAUCCCCCCGAAUCGGAGUUGGUAUACAAGCGCUGAAGGCUAAGAAGAAUAAGAGUGAAGAGUCUGUUGGACCUGUCUUUGUCUGUGAUACAAAAUUGGAUGAUUCCAAUGAUUCGGCUACCGUCGUGGCUGCGUUUAAAUUAGCCGAACAACGCGAAAUGGAAGCGAUGAGAAAUUUAAGAGAAAGAAAUUUAAUGAAAACCGAGGUGGAAGACUCUAGGUAUUGCGUCUGUCGUCGACCAAGAUUCGGGCUUAUGCUUCAAUGCGAGCUUUGUAAAGAUUGGUUCCAUUCAAAUUGUGUACCCUUACCAAAAACGUCAUACAAAGGAAAAUUACCGAUAUCAAGGGAGAUUAAAUUUUUAUGUCCCUGUUGUUUACGUUCGAGGCGGCCACGAUUGGAAACAAUUUUGGCGCUUUUAGUGAGUCUUCAAAAAAUUCCAAUUCGUUUGCCCGAGGGUGAGGCAUUGCAAUGUUUAACGGAACGUGCAAUGAAUUGGCAGGAUCGAGCUCGACAAGCGUUGGCUACAGACGAAAUUUCAUCGGCACUAGCAAAAUUGUCCGUUCUGACACAAAAAUUAGUAGAAGCAGCAGCAAGGGAGAAAACAGAAAAGAUAAUCAGCAGCGAGUUGAAGAAGGCGGCGAAUAAUCCUGAACUUCAUCAAAGAGUGCAGGCAAUCACGCCACUUAGCGGUGUACACUCGGAUGAUAGCGCACUUAGUACCGCGGAUGACGACGAUGACGUUGUUACCAUCGACGACGACGAGCCAAGUUGCAGUACGUUCAAUAGUAACGAACACGCAUACUCUUAUAUAUCUAAAGUUCAGCGCAGGUCUCAAUCAAGUGAUUCCACCGAAGCUGCAGUUAUGCUCUCGCAGUCUGCAAGGUUACGCUUAGAAGAAUUAAUGAUGGAAGGUGAUCUGUUGGAAGUCGCGCUUGACGAAACGCAACACAUAUGGCGCAUAUUAAGUCACACUAACAAUCCUAGUACUGUUCGCAAAUACGCGUCGUACGAAGAAGUACAAACUAAUUUAAACCAGGACGCGAAAGAUGUAAAAAAGAGGGGAAGAAAAAGGAAGUCCGAAGAGUUCGAAUUACUCAAAAAACUCGGGCGGCAAAAAAUGGAAGAAAAAAAUUUAACCAAACGUAAGGGGUUACAGAAAGAGAAAAAAUCGACCAGUAGUUCCCCGUUGCCUAUUAAGCGCGGACCUCGAAAGAUGAAACGUAAGGAAGGGGACGAGGUGCCAAAGAAGAGGGGCGGUAAUCGAAAGAAAACUAAACAAGACACUUCCGACGAAGAAGACGAUUGCGCGGCCGUUAAUUGUUUACGACCCAGCGGUAGGGAAGUCGAUUGGGUUCAGUGCGAUGGUGGCUGCGAAGGUUGGUUUCACAUGCACUGUGUCGGUUUGGAUCGUACAGAAAUCGCAGAAGAAGAUGAUUACAUAUGUAGUAAUUGCAAAGACGCAGAACAAAACUCGACGUCGAGAGCGCCAGACCCGCUAGCCGAAUCGUUAGGCCUGGAUGCACUUCUUUCCCUUUCUCAAUCCCAGGGAUACCAGGGCACAGAUAGCGAAGCAGAUAUCCAGGAAACGACAUCCUUCGUCAGGACUUACUAGCCCAUUUCAUUCUGUUAGCUCCGUACAAGGCUAGGAUGCUCACCGAUUUCAAAUUAUUUGGACUGCGAAUUUACAGUCUGACAUUUAAUGUUACCUAUCACUUUUACCCCAGUCCGUUGGUACUGCAGGUCAUCGUGUGUUGCGGGUGGUAUGUCGGAGAUAAAGUAUUAUAUUACAGUCAAAUUACAAUCUUGACGACUAACGAACAUUAUUUUUCUACUUUGAUUUGAUGCGUUUUAUAGAACAGCAAGUUUUUCGUAUGUAUCACAUUGCAUUGUAUUUUAUUUUUUUGAGAUAAGAGAUGUUUAUCCUUGCCAGGACGUGGACAUAUUGUUCAAUAAGUAAUACAUUCGUUCGUAUUUGCGGUAAAUUAUUUUCAUUGCAUUACAUUUUAACACGGUCGGACUACCCGAACUGGUUAAUGUUAAUUUAUAACAUUAAAUCCUGCUUAUUUUUACAUUUGCAUUAAAUGUCAUUGAUUCUAAAUUAAAGAUGAACUUCUAACAAAUAAAUCUUUUACCAUGAGUCAUACUACGUGGAUAUCGCGGAUGAACCGUGAUGUGCUUCGUGAUUUAUACGCGAAGUUUGAGGAAGUCAAUACAUUGCAUCUGUUGUCUCUCGUCUGUCGCUGCCAAUGUCGAUGAAAAAGAAAACUCAUGUUCCGCGAGACCAACGACUGUCAACUAACAAUGGUAUGCGUUAACACUAUUUAUAAUGCGAUCUGUAGCGUGAGUGUGGUGCCCUUGAUAUGAGUGAAGGGUGGAAGGAUGCAGAUGAGUCCUGAGCAUUGUUUGACCUAACGAUUUGGAACGAUAUGUAAUAAAAAUGAAAUUAGCGACGGCGAAAUGUGCGCGUUAACGAAAGGUAAAAGGAGAGUCGUCUCAGAAUACUUCUACUCUGAAGAAGAUUCCGUCGGUUUUUGUAUCAGUUUUUAAUUGUAAUGGUGCAAAGUAGAACAGAAGUCCACUUUGUUCCAUGUAGUAUGUACAGAUAGACUGAGAGAUGUGUGUAUUAAGAUAUAGAUAUUAUACGUACAUGUAAGAAAAUUAGAUCGAAACAUAUAAGUAGAUAUAAGUUACAGUUUGUAUAAAGAAAAGAAAUUGACACGCAGAUACAUAGCAUAUCUAAAUCUGCCUUCCUGAUAUAGUUAAUUGAAAUUUAUCGGAUUUUGGACCAGAGUGUACAACUUACAAUUGGUGCGAGUUGCGAGUCAUUUAUUUUUCAUUUCAUUUCUUUUUUAUUUCUUGCCACGGACGUUUACGGUAUUGUUAAUUUGGGUUGAGAUCCCUCGAAGGGCCUAAUUAAAGCACAUAACCUUUUACAGAGUAAAUGUUACUCGAAAUGUUAACGUAUGAUUUUUAUGAUUGCAACCAAAUGAAAGUAAUGUUUGUCGUAUUUUUCUUGGUGUGACUUGUGUUACUAUUUUAAUAUUCAAAUUUGGCAAGCGAAUUAAUCAUACUUGACAUCGCAAUUUUGUGAAUAUUUUGAUUCUGUCGUUUUACGAAUUCAACGUUUCUUCAACUUAAGUUUUCGGAGUUGUCACAGGUCAGGUACAUAAUUAAAUUUUACCGAACCAUUUUUAACGUCUACACGGUUUAACGCACUUGGCAUAGUGUAACUGAAGCAUACUUAUUACAUUGUACAUUAAAGUAUUAUAAAAAGAUCGCUAAAUAUAAAAGUUACAGAGAUACUUACGCUGACGAUAAGAUAUAUUCCGUAAUAAACGAUUUUAUAAAUGUUAUAAGCAUUACAAAUAUGGAUCUCAUUCUCUGUGAACAGAACUAAAAACAAAAAAAGGGGUAUGUCAUCGUUUAUCAUUCAUGUAAAGUAUAGAAUUUGUGUAUUCGCUGUUGACUCUGGUACAAAACCAUGCUUCGUAUGGUAGCUGAUAACGAUUUUCUAGUUACUUUUUAAUGUGAUUGUUGAGCUAAGAUUUUUUUUUUUUAAUAAAAAGCCAUUCGUUUUACUAUCUCGUGCAAAUGUGUUAUGUGCGUGUCUCUGUCUACUUGUGUAGUUCUUUGCACGGUGUGCGAAGUACAUUGUGUAAAAAAAAAAAAAGAAACUUUUAUCCUAGAUCAAUUGGCGAAACGACGCGUCAGUGGCGCGCGAAACUUUGUAUAAUUACUUGUUAAAGAAAAACAAAUGUCGUUCGUUGAGUUUCCAUGCAGACUUAAAACUCUAUGAAUGCGUGUUAUGUGUGGAACGACGCGCGAUGCACAGUGUGUUUUAAACGCUCGUAUAUAUCCGGAACAUACAACGCGUAAUAAUCGGUGUUGACACUGCAAAUGAAUUCUGUUAACAAACAUCUCUAUGUUCCAUUGUUAGGCGUAGUUUAAGACGGUUACGACGGAUUGUUCCAGCAAUCGGUUAACAGGAUUCAUUUUGAACUAAUCCGAUGUAUAGCGAUAGUGGUAGAUCGUCUACCACAGUGUGUGUCUAGAUCAGUAUGUUAAGCGUUACGUUUAAAACAGACUGUAGGUCAAAGAUUCGAUGAGACAUUAUGUGUACACACAUAUAUUUUUGUACAGAUACGUAAGAAUUCGAUGAUCUGUUCGAUUAUCGCUUCUGGAUAUACGCGGGAGCACAGUGAAUUUCUAACGAUAGUGUUUUUGCGACUCGGUUAGACGAAGUAUGAAUUUCAUUUGUUUCUAUUCAUAAUAAAAAUAUAUGUAUGUAUACGCAUACACGUGCAUAUAUUGGUUACACAUAUAUAUAUUUUAUACAAGGUACUUAGAAUCAUUUUUCUAUUAAGCGACACAAAAUGUAAUAAAAUAAGCACAUUAGAAAUUCAUGAGUUACACUAUCAUUAAAAAUGCAUUGUGAUUGAAUAGCUCGGGAUGAUUGGUACUGCGUGAUUACUCACACAACUGUUGCUAUAUGCAGGAUGGACAUACUGGAAUAUUGUACUUUACCAUAAAACACUUGUGUACUAUGUUGAAUACUGAUGACUUGGUAUAUUGAUUCAGUAUACAUAAAGGCAAGUGCCUACACGUUCCCAAGAAGUUGUAUACUAAUCAUCGUACGAAAGAAAUUCAUCUUUUGUUAGCCUUCCCCCUCGAUGACAAGCACAAAACGGUCUAGUAUUAAUUUUUCUUUUCCUUGCAAUUAAACGUUUACGUAAUAUGCACUUCUAGCCGAUAAAGCAGUUAACUGGAUCUGAACGAAUAGUGUAUUAUCGAAGUAAAAGUAUUAUAUUUCGACCAAAUCGUCUUUUGUGAAUUAAUGUUGUAACUAGUUGCUAUGAAUACUUGUAGCAAAUUUUGAUUUCCGAGCGUAGCUAAUUCUAUUUUUUUUUUUUUUAAAUGCCAUUUCAUUUUCAUUGUCACGCAUAUUAAAGGGAAAGUUAUCGUUUAUUUUUUUUUUUUUUUAAAUAGAAAAGAAUUUCAUUUGAAACUCCUAAUUUGUGAUACGAUUACAAAUUGUUUACUGGUGAUAAGAAGUUAUUUAUUUUCACGUCGGUGAAUAUUUCAUCUAUUUUAUUUUUCGUAUCGUAGAAUUGUGCAUAUAUGUUUUUUGUUUGUGUUUAAAUAAGAAAAUUAUGAAAUUUAAUGCAAAAUUAACGGUCAGGCGAAGACUUUGACAAUGGCCUAAUUUUGUUUGAUGUAUAUACGUAUGAUGAUUACUUACAAGUAAAUGAAUCAUUCAUUUUCAUCGAAAUGAUUUAGUCAGAAGGCGUUACUUAACUUCCAGUGCACAGUUACUAAUCACCAUAACUAUUCAGCGCCAAUCGUUUCUUCACGCUUUAUUUCUUCCUAUUUCUGUACAAGUUACAGAAAAAUACACGUGGAAGGGUUUACUAUAAAUUCGACGUGUUUUAUUUAUUUUUUUUUGUUUUUUUUUUUUUUGUUACGUCAAUCUUCGCCUCGCAAGAAAGCCCCAUAAAUUCCACCAAAAAUGUGUAUAGUCGUUAGAGAAACAUUAUCGAAGAUUUCGUAUUUUUACAUUUUCAUUUGUUCGUGUUUUUGUUGUUUAUUUUUCAUUUGAAUCUUCUCGAAGUUGAUUCGUUGACGAGAAAACCGUUUUGUUGAUGGGUGCGAUACAACCAUCGUUUUUUCCUAUACGACGCAUGGAUAUAUUAGUUUAUUUCCUUUAUACGCGAAUCAUUGUAGACAAACGAAUAUUUAUGAACAGUAAAUGUAACUUAAGGCUAAGUAGCGUUAAAGUAGUCCUUUAUUUGUAAGAUUAUAUCACUUUGAUUUCCGAUAAAAUAUAUUAAAUGUAUAUGUGUACAUGUACAUUCAAUACUGCGAA